UUGUGUGUGUUGGCGCGCAUCGUCUGCGUGUGGGGUGUGUGCAUUCCAUACAUGCCAUCUCUAUGCGUACAAUACCGGCGUAAUUUUGCGUGGUUCGUUACCGGGGGUGCGCGUGGGGCAUCGCAUCGGCCUGUUUAUUUUAGACAGCUGUUGUUGGUUUAUUAUCUCUUGGUGUGUCUGUCGUCGUCUUCCUCUUCGUCUUCUCCCUACUCUUGUUUUUUUUCGUACACGUGUUUAGAGGAAAGCCCCACGUACCGGCACGGGCCGUCACGACUUAGAAGUGAGGCAGGGGGGGUUGGUUUGCGCUCCCCGCGUGGGCUUCCCACGAGGCCUGGCGUUCUUCGUGUUUCCUUGCAGUGGUGGUGGUGGUGGUGGUGUCGCUUCGCCUGGAGUGUAAAAUUGGGCCCGUCCCCAGCGGUUUAUUUUGCCGCCGCGCGGGCUUGAAGGUUUGGUCCCCACGCAACACGGUCAAAAACCUGUGUAGCGUGUGUAGAGGAGAAGAAAAAAAAUGGGGGGCGCCGUAUAUCGUCACAAUCAUACAUUACAAUCAUAUAGGAGGAGUUGGGGGAGAUGUUUUCUUUUGUUUGUUUUCGACGUCGAACGUGUUUUUCUACCGCGUCGCUUAAGCCAGUGAGGUGGUCCUGUGGUACAUAAUGGCAUAUGGCUUGGAGUGACGUGGUGUGGUUUGGGGAUGGUACGCUUGCUUGCUGUGGUGUGGUGUGGUCCGGCACGAGUACAAUAAUAGGAAAAUGGAAAGACAUGGUUUGGCAUAUAUAACUUGUAUGAUGGAGAUUUUUCACGGUUGGUUCGGUAUAUAUUGGCACGGUAUAUGAUUGUAUUCGGAACGAUUGCCCCCCUGCAUUUGAACGAGCACUGCACAAGAGAAACAAUGGUGGGGAGAAGUAGAACGCUGCAGCAGCAAAAGAGAUAAUGGCGGAGAGAAAUAAAGCAUUUAUCUUGGCUGUCUGUGGGGGGGGUAGGCUUAAAUGUUUGGUGUGUUUUUUUGUUGCCCUUGUAAUGUGCCACGGGUAUUUCCCCUCAGCCCUAUCGAGGUCACCCCCAAAGUAUCCAUCGCGGUACCUGCCUUGUUGACUUAUGUACAAGUAUAUGGCAUGCAUAUCUAUUUGUAGAAGCGAGAGAGAGGGCAAGCAAGAAUGAUAUUUCGGUCCCCUUUACACUACACGUGCCCUCGGCCUUCCCCCUGCCGGACAGGGGGGAAGACAGCGAAUCACUCGGUAGUACCCAAAACAAAACGCGCUGCGGACAGAGGCCACGAACAACCUACAACACAAUGGUUAUUGGGUAUGGAGAGUGUCCCAUUGGUUCCUUGGUUUCAAGACCACAACAACCAAUCAGCGUGUUUCCCCCGAGGAGGCCACGCAUCCCUAUCCUAGACGCAGGGGACUGCGCAGCAUGUUGCAUUUCCUCCCCAUUUUAUUGCUACCAAGGCCGCGAAUGAAGUUGCUUGCGCUUUGGGAUUGGGUCAGCAGGGUGCUCUCGUGUUGUGAAGAAGUAUUUCUUUUUCGAAAAGAAAGCAAAUAACGGGCCAUCACCGUC